CCUUUGGCAAGAUCUCCUCAUUGCAGUGGGCCGAGAGACCAAAUUUGUUUAAAAAAAAAAACAAAAAAAGGCAUCUUCAUUCACAACAUGUUCACUUAGAUUUUUACGUUACGAUACAUGUCCACUUUAUCGACUGUAUCUAAAAAUAUAAAUUUUAAAUGUAAAUGAAGAUAUGAAAUAUAUAACAUACAAUGGCUUAAAUUAUAUUAUUGUAUAUAUUAAGUCACAAAAUCAGUGUCAGCUGAGUCUGUCAACUAGGUUGCCUGUAGGGAGUUUUAAUGUCCAGCAGGUGGCAGGAUUCAGUGACACAGUAUCGGCACAGUAUCAAUACAGUUUUUCAAUGUGUUGAAACGUUUCAUGACGCCUCAUCUACCUAUCACUACUUCCCUGACUCUCAUCUCGACUUUAACCAUCAUGUUUCAUAUGUCAGCCAGUUUGACACAAUCAACACUUUAGCCUCAUCCAAACGCGUCUGUUCUAGUCUAUUUCCUGUAAUACUGGCACUGACACUUCUGCACAUCAUUGUUCAACAUGUUUGAAACUUCUAUUUACAGUUAAUGACUGUGAAAACAUGCUUCAGUGCAGUUCACAGACCUGUCAGGUGCCCACUGUACUGUACUGAUCAGUAAUCUAAUGCUAUAAUAUGAAAUCACAUUUAGCUCUGAAUCUUAAGUGUUAAGUGUUACCCUCACAGCCCUGAAUAGAACGGGUCAAUCAAUCAAUUAAUAACUAAUCUGAAAUUAAUAUAGGACAUUUGCCAUAGUAGUAGUUUAAGGACUUGUUGAUCCUCUUAGUAAGAUAUUGAAAAUUAGAAUUACUGAAUUUGACAACCUAUGGAAAACUUACAAAUGGAUUGUGACAGCAGAUUCCUGUGAUGUGAUGUGAUGUGAUGUGAUGUGAUGUGAUGUGAUGUGAUGUGAUGUGAUGUGAUGUGAUAUGGGGAAGAUUAUGGAAUGGCCCUCUCCCUGUGUAACUGUCUUAUCAGCCACAUGUAAACAGUUGUUGCUAUUAUGACUUGUCAUUGUUAUUAUUCAUUCCAGCCUGUGACCACUUGGUAUUCUCGAUGUUAUUAAUAGAUGAACAGAGAGGCUAAGCAGAUGCUAGAGUCAGACUGGUCUGAUAAGUACCAGGCCUACAACCUGGACGACCACUGUGGAAGACACAACAACAUGAGCCCAGACACAAAGCACCACCCGAGCUCAGGCGCCCUGCAGGAGCAGGUGUGCAACCGCUCAGCAUGGACAAAGUUCACUCAGGACAACCUGAACAAGGCCCUGCAGGAGGAGCAGGCCACCAGCAGCCUCAGGCUGUUGGUGGAGCAGCUGCUGCAGGACACCACCAAGGAUCUGACCUUCCAGUGCUCCAGCGUGGACCAGGCUCUCAGUCAGCGCUGUGUGGAGCUGGUGGAGGCCAAGGCUCAGCUGGAGAUGAAGCUUACAGACGGACAGGCAGGCUGUUAGGCAGAUAGACAGACACAUAUUAACUGGUUUCAACACUGUCCCUGUGUGUGUAGACCUUGGAGCAGAUUGGGGCCCAGGAGAACAACAUUGUGGCUCUGCAAAAGGCCCAACGCUCUCUGCACUGUCAGGAUACUAUACUAUCUGUUUCUGCGUCUGUGUGUUGUUUUUUAGUCCUAGUUGUUUUUUAAUUAAAGGUGCAAUACAGUAUGGGGUGCCAAAUGUAAAAGGAGCACCUAUAACUAGUUUUCUCACAUUUAACUAAAUGACACAACAUGUUUUCUCACAUUUAGUUAAAUGUGCAAAAGUCUAAAUGUAAAUGUUAAAUGUUAAAAGUUAAAAGGAAAUGUUAAAUGUUAAAUGUAAAUGUUAAAUGCAAAUGUUAAAUUUAAAUGUUAAAUGUAAAUGUUAAAUGUAAAUGUAAAUGUUAAAUGUUCGCCGAGUGUAAACUGAAUAUUCAUGAAUGUGCAAGUAGACUCCACCCCUACUCUCAAACAGCGCUGGUCUCAGAUCAGAGACGCAAACUCAAACACCUCAAACAAAUGUGAGAAAACAUGUGUCCUUUAGUUAAAUGUGAGAAAACUAGUUAUAGGUGCUCCUUUUACAUUCGGCACCCCAUAAUACAGUAGAUAUAGUGUGUUAAUGCAAGAGGUUUUUAUUUUUCAUAAAUAAAUGCUCUUGGAAAAUUUGAGGCUCUGGACCAUCUGGUGACAAAACAGCAGCAGCCAAAAGAAGAUGGAACAGAUUAAGCUUGAAAAAAUCUUUACAUGGUGAGAAAAAAUAGUAUCCUGUGUGGGGAGUUUUACAGUUAGUUACAUUAUAGUGGGUUGUACUUCACAUUGCAGAAUUGUAUCAGUGUACAGUAUUUCACUCGUUGCUGUUGUUUCUGUCAUUGAUUUCAUACUGAGUGGAAUUCACUAGUUAUAUUAUCAUUAUCGUGUAAUAUAAAAAUUUUGCUUGAUUAUUUAUUAAAAAUUUUACUUGAUUUUA